UCUACAGCGCUUUUCCACGUACGAACGGCUGGGCCCGAAAAAAAAGGCGGACAAUCCUGAGGAAAAUGGCUGACGACCGGCUGACAGACGAUCGUUCCGAGAAGAGAAAAUGUGACGAAUUCGGUUCCCUGUACUUGGAGAGAAGCGCGGCCGUUCGCGCACUCAGUGGCGCUGCAGAGAGCCCGGACGGGGCCUUCAAGAAGCCGAAGCCGAGUGAGGGCGCAGGGCUCGGGCGGGACACGGCCACCACCCCGCCCAACCCCGCCAUCCCGCCGACUCCCGCCCGCCGCCGCCACCGGACCACCUUCACACAGGAGCAGCUGGCCCAGCUGGAGGAGGCCUUCAGUAAGAGCCACUACCCCGACAUCUAUGUCCGAGAGGAGCUGGCUAGAGCCACCAAACUGAACGAAGCAAGAAUCCAGGUGUGGUUCCAGAACCGCCGUGCGAAGUACCGUAAGCAGGAGAAGCAGCUGUCCAAGGCCCUGUCCCCGGUCCUGCCUCCCAUGGCCUCCUGUAACAACAUGAUGCGGGGAAUCUACCAGCCUGCAGCCGGCCACAACUCUGCCGUCCGCCCGGGCAGCUACCAGUACCAACACAUGUCCAACACCAUCAACCCUGCCAGCUCAUGUGCAAGGUACCCUCAGAUGCAGAUGGCGAGCUCGGCCUACGCGCCUCCCCCCAUGGCACAGUUCUCCAUGCCGCCCACUACCAACAUGGGCAUGCGUGUGGAGCAACACGACGACGACUGGUAUAACAAAAGCCUGACAGCGGCACUCAGAAUGAAUCCCUCCCACCAUCCCAACCUGUCGGCGCCAGUGCUGCAAUACCAAACGUAAGCCACAGGUGGCGCGG